UGACGGGUUAGUGAAGAGCCAGCAGGUUUGUCGCGGUACCGAACGGCUUAUUUUGUCUGGCUGUCAUUCAGCUCAACUCUGACCCCUCUGCUGAACUCAUUUGUCCCACUCUCACAGUAUCCUGUGCUGGGCAUACAUUCUCAGAGGACUGCCUCAAUAAGAGUUGGACUUAGUCAUUAAGGUAGAGGAAAUAAACGCCAUGGUGGGAGUGGAGUGCAGGUCUGAGCAGGCAAGGGUGUGAUUCCCGAGGCAGCCAGCUGGACACAUCGCGACUGUCGGCAGAGAAACAAAAUGUCCCGAGAUGUAAACUUUGACCUGAGCCACCCGCUCAUGGAAGCUGGACUGGAAAGCCCAGCAGAUGAGGAAGGUGUUCAUGACUCAUUUCAGCAGCUGAUAGCAGAACAUGGUGAGAAUGAGCCCAGUGCCUUGGAGCUGCAGCUGCUGCAGAGAGAUUUGGAGGAGAGUCAAGACAAUGUGCCCUUGUUUAACCCUGGACCCGAGCAUGGGUCACAGAGGCAGGGCGGAAGUGAUGUGGAACGCGAUGACAGUGAAAGACCAGUAGACCCCAUCAUAGGUGAACAGUGGUCUUCAGACACCUUGAAAGUCCUGUCUUCCAUGCCCAGUCGCACCAUUGGACGCAACAGGGGAGCCAUCAUCUCUCAGUACUACAACAGGACCUUGCAGCUUCGGAGACGCAGGCAGACCAGACCAUCCAUACGAGAUUUCUCUCCCUCCGCUAGACCAUCCAUACGAGGCUAUGGCAUGCAGGCAGACACUACAGAUGGAGAAGGUGGAGGCUCAAGUAAGAGGGAACGUCUGGUGAACAACCUACAGAACCUGUCUGUGAGCGACAGAGUGAGGAUGCUCCGAGGAAUGCCUCUAAGUGUGGCUGAGAAGAAAGAACUCAGGUGUUUGGCAUUGCAGAAGGAAAUUAGCUCAUUUUCAAACAAGCAGCUUUCCUGUUUCAGUCAACUCAAAUACUACAUCAUUAUUGCUAUGAGGAAGUGCUGGUACAGCUGGUUGUCCUUCCUGCACUCCCUCCAGCUGUGGCAAACGCCACUCAAGAGAGUGAGUGGGCGUUUCGGCACUGGUGUCCUCUCAUACUUCCUCUUCCUCAAGACCCUACUCUUCUUCAAUGUCUUCCUGUUCCUUGUCACGGGUGCAUUCCUGGUGCUGCCUCAGGCUGUGCAUCCUCCAGAGCCAUCUCCACAGAAUGAGCACUUCUCUGGACUGGAGCUCCUCACUGGAGCGGGUACUUUCUCAGACACAGUGAUGUACUAUGGAUACUACAGUAACCACACACUGUGUAGGGACAAAACGGGAGGGCAGAAUGCCUCCACGUUGUACUGUGACUCACAGCAGCUCUCUUAUAACAUGCCCCUUGCAUACUUCUUCACCAUUGGAAUGGCCUUCUUCAUCACGUGUAUCAUCCUUGUGUACAGCAUGUCGAAGACAUUUGGUCAGAGCUUAGGAAUUAACAAAUCUCAUAGUAUCUUGACCAUGAAGGUGUUCUGCUCCUGGGAUUUCAAAGUCAUCAAGAAAAAGUCUGUUGAGAUCAUGUCUGAAAAUAUCUACACUCAGCUCAAGGAGCUGCUGGCAGAGAUGGAUGAGAAGAAAGCCAAGAGCACUUUAUGCCAGAGGUUCUGGAUACUGAUGGUUCAUGGAGUGGCAUGGACAGUCUGCAUCGCAAGCACAACUGGCUGCGUGGUUGGCAUUUACUACUUCUCUGACUUUAUCCACAAGAACCUGCAAAAAAAUUCAAGUAGUGGUUACCAGAACUCCUUGUUGAAAGAGGCCAGCCUGUUGGCUCUGCCUGUGGUGGUUUCUCUCAUUAACCUGCUGUUACCUGGUCUGUUCAACCUUGUCGCCUGGAUGGAGAUCUACGAAUCACCUUCUGUACUGACAUACAUUGCCAUCUGCCGGAACUUAAUGUUGAAAAUGAGCGUGCUUGGAGUUCUCUGCUACCACUGGCUGGGUCGGGUAGCUCCUGAAUACAAAAGCAUAGGCCUGGAGUGCUGGGAGAGUUUUGUGGGUCAGGAGCUUUAUCGCUUCCUACUCAUGGACUUUAUCUUCACUCUACUGGACACUUUGUUUGGCGAGUUUCUUUGGAGGUUGUUUUCUGUGAAGGUGCUGAAGAGGAGGAGGAAACCAGUGUUUGAUAUCGCCAGAAACGUUCUGGACCUCAUCUAUGGACAGACAUUAGCCUGGUUGGGAGUUCUCUUCACUCCGCUCCUGCCCGCUGUGCAGAUCGUCAAACUGUUUCUGUUCUUCUACAUAAAGAUGAGCAGUGUGAUGAUGAACUGUCAGGCUCCCAGGAAGCCAUACAGAGCCAGCCAGAUGACCACUAUUUUCAUCACUCUCCUUUGCAUCCCCUCCCUCCUCGGUGCCUCCAUCUGUGUCACAGUUACCAUGUGGAGCAUCACGCCAUCUUUGUCAUGUGGUCCGUUUCGUGGGCUCAAAACGAUGUUUCAGGCAGGAAAAUUCUGGAUGGAAAAACUGGAAGAAGAUAAUCCCAACCUGUCUGUGCUGUCUAAGGCUCAUACAUAUCUGGUGGAAAAUCCUUUUUUCCUGUUUGUUGGAGCAGGCAUCUUUCUGAUAGUCAUCUACUUCCACAGUCAGGUGGUGGACGGUCAAAGGAAGAUCAUCAAUUUACUGCAAGAUCAGAUACAAAAUGAGGGAGAGGAUAAAAAGUUCUUGAUCAAUCGGCUGCAGUCCAUCCACGAGCACAAACGAAAUGCUGGUAAACGGCUUAAAAGUCAGGACUCUACAUGUUGAGGAAGCCGAGUCCGCAGAAGACAAACCUCAGUCCUCUGAGCACAUAAAGCUCAAACAUGUGGGGAUAAAACUGGAAUAUUAACCAGGGAAUACAACAAAUCAAACUCAGUAUGCAGAAAUAGAUCUAAAUUUUGACAAAUGUAAAUGGCUGGUGUAUGUAGGAAAAAAAAACUAUUUAUGUAGAUGAAUGUUGAGGCCAUUAGUUUACUCAAGUAUUUAAAGGUGCACAGACAGUUCAAGAGAUUGACAGAUUUGUGGAGGUGACACGAGAGAGAACCGAAUACCAAGUUUUGCUUAUUACAGGAGCUACAUGAGCAGCAAGCUGGUAAAUCUGUGUGUAAAGAAAAGGAUUUCAGCCUUUCUUUUUUAGAAGCACUUUUAUACCAACUGUGAACAGAUUUUUUUCUUAUUACUGGAAAAAAUGUUAUCACAUUUUAGUAUGUAUGUAUGUUUUAGGUGGAUUUUUGUGGGUGUGAGCGUGUUAAUGUAGAGCACUUGUGUGGGUUU